UAUUUUUUUUUUUUUUUUUGAGAAUUUUAUUUUGCAUUUUUUGGUUGGAAGAAUUUGCAUUCAUUUCGCUAAUGACGCCGGUAACCUUCCGUCGCCUGCUCACCUCCACUUUCCACAACUCAAAACCUCUCCGUUCACCACCGUCACCGCUCUGUCUCCGCUUUAUCUCCUCUUCACCCAACACUCAAAACCCCCAACUCUCCCCAGCAGAACACUCUCCUAACCUCCCAAUCAGAACCCGAACCAAAACCCCACUCGAAACCCAGUUCGAAACCUGGACCCAAAACCUCAAACCCGGCUUCACUCCCGCCGACGUCACCACCGCCCUCCGUGCACAAUCAGACCCCGAUCUCGCCUUCGACAUAUUCCGCUGGACCGCCCAGCAACGCAAUUACAAGCACAGCCAUCUCACAUACUUCACCAUCAUCAAAAUCCUCACUGACGGCAAGCGUUUUCGCCACGCCGAAACCCUAGUCGAAGAGGUAAUUGCGGGGGCUUGCGAAAUGGAUGUGCAUCUGUUCAAUUCCAUGAUUCGUUUCUGUUGUAGUCGAAAAUUACUGUUUAAUCGCGCAUUUGAUGUUUAUAAAAAAAUGGCGAAAUCGGAUGAUUGUAAGCCUACUCUUGAGAGCUAUGCAAUGCUGUUGAAUGCUUUGCUUAGGAGGUUUAAUAAGUUACAUGUUUGUUAUGUGUAUUUACAUGCUGUUAAGUCAUUGACAAAGCAAAUGAAAGCCUUUGGUGUGAUUCCUGAUACUUAUACUUUGAAUAUGAUUAUUAAGGCGUUUUCUAUGUGUCGUGAAGUCGAUGAGGCGAUUAGGGUUUUUCGUGAAAUGGGGUUGUAUGGAUGUGAGCCGAAUGCGUAUACUUAUGGGUAUAUUGUAAAAGGGUUGUGUGAGAAAGGACGGGUGGGUCAGGGUUUAGGGUUUUAUAAGGAAAUGAAGAAGAAAGAAUUGGUGCCUUCCGGGGGUGUUUAUAUGGUUUUGGUUUGUAGUCUUGCGAUGGAUUUGAAGUUUGGUGAGGCGAUUGAGAUUGUGUUUGAUAUGUUGGGGAAUUCGAUGUCGCCUGAUUUGUUGACUUAUAAGACUGUUUUAGAAGGGUUUUGUGGAGAAGGGAAGAGCGACGAAGCUUUUGAGUUACUUGAGGAGUUUAGAAAGAGGGAUUUGCUGAUGAGCCAGAAGAGUUAUAAGACUUUGUUGAAUGCUCUGCAUUUUGGUAAUCGAGAUUAGAGUUUCAUUCUCUAUUUGAUGAGUUCAUUCGCUUGUUUGUCGAUUUGAAUUUUUUUGGAUUUGAGUUACUGUACGACAAGCAGAAUGUGGAGAUUCAGUUGAAUUGGAUGCAGCAUCCUUUGUUUACCAGCUGCCGGAUGUAUAUUAAUGUUUGACAGAAACUCGAUAUGGUCGUCUGAGUACGCCAGAAUCGAUUUGUAACUGCUCUGGCUAACAGAUGCUGGACAUAUGAAUUUUUGGGGAUAGUGCCGUAGAAAGUGCAGGUAGCUGGCGGGCGGUGCUUUACCCUUAUAUGCGAGCUUAAUGUUGCCAUCAAAUGGUGCUUCAGAUAGGUUGCGGUGUUGAAGUUCAUGAAGAUUCAAAUGAGCUUAAACCACAGUGGGGAGGAGAUUGGAUUUGUUACAUCAGUGAUGAAUUGUAAUGGCAGUGAAUAACAAAAACUUUCUCUGCAAUCGAAAGACCUGUGUUGCACUGAAAUUUUUCAAUUCAUAUGUUUAUGCAUUUCAUUUUUUUUUUCUUGAAAUGUAUAUGAAAUUCCGAAACUCUUUAUGUAUAAUUUUUAUAAAAAUGUCUUUCUGCCGUUUUUCA